AUGGGAGAUUCAGGUCCAAACGUCAUUCAAGAAUAUAAGGGAAAAGAGAAAUAUUUUAGUUUAAUGUUGUGUGCAGGUGGGAAAAAGGGUAAAGGGAGGGGUGGAGGUGGUCGAGGUGUACGUGGAGUCGAUUUUGGUCUUGGUAUUGGUUAUAAUCCAGAAUCCAAUAAUAGUUCAUCUCCUGAUGCUACAAGUCGAUCUGCUGCUGUUAAUUCAUUGAGGACUGGAGUAAUGGCACAGUUCAAGAGCAGCUUUGUUGCAGCUUCAUCAAACUCCCAAAGUCCAGGGUUGAAUAAUAGUUCAAGUGCUUCUGCUAACAAGAGACCAGCACUGCGAGGAUUUGUCUCUGGUGGUUCAAUUGGAGGAGAAAUAAAUAGACCUCAGACAACCAGUUCAUUGCCUGGAUUUGUCUCUGGUGGAGACGCAACAAGAACUCAGACAGUCAAUCAGACCUCUGGAAGAAAUACGAGUCAGAAGAAUACAGAAGGGUACGUCUAUUUGUUGCCUCCUGACUUUGCAGUUCCAGAGAUAGAGGGAGAGAGAGGCGGAGGCCCUCUGGUUGGGACCGUUAAACUUAUGAAAUAG